AGUAAGAAAAUUUUGCCAUUUUGUGGUAAAUCUACGGUUCUUUGACCUAUUUGUAAUGAUAAUAAUCGCCUCAAGUAGUAUUGCUCUAGCUGCGGAGGAUCCAGUAAACGAGAAUAAUCCAAGAAACUGUAUACUGGAAUACUUUGACCACGCAUUUACCUGCGUUUUUACAGUAGAAAUGCUAUUAAAGCUGGUGGAUCAAGGCAUCCUUUUGCAUCCACAUUCAUACUGUCGAGAUAUCUGGAACCUUCUUGAUGCAGCUGUUGUGAUUGGUGCUUGGAUUGCAUUCUUUAGAUCUCAAGAUUUAGUUGGAAAAGGUUCUGCUGUAAGUAGCACGAUAAAAUCGCUUCGCGUCCUUCGAGUUUUGCGACCUUUAAAGACUAUUCGGCGUGUUCCAAAGCUUAAAUCUAUUAAUUAG